AUGCCAGCCAAUGAACCCAGUGGCGAGGAGGCGGUUGACCCCAUCGACAUCCUCCGCCAGUUCAUCCUCGCCGCGCCGCCGGGGGAGCUGACGAAUGUUCUGCACUCGCUUCGUGUGCUGACGGGGGACGACCACUUGUUCUUUGAGGCCGCCCCGCGCCUCUGUCUGGAACACCACCUGCGCCACCUCACCGUCUUCACACUCGGCGCGAAGUACGCAAAUCGUCACGAGAGCAAAAUCCGCUUCGCGGACCCCAGCAACUCCACAGAGACUACUACUACUACUACUACUACUACUGCUGCUGCUGCUGUUGACGGUGACGACGGGCGCGUGUCUUUCCUCACCUCGAGGCAGAACCACCUAGGGACGCGGGUCAGGCGCCACGCAAGGCGUCGGGGUAUGCUCGCACGUGAGGUUGCAGAGAGCGUGGAUGAGUUUUUCCAGAAGCAGCGUGCGGUGGUAGUCUGCGAGAGAGCCGAAAGAUGCAGCAACAGCAACCAUAGUAUCCCCCCUGCGGUUGUGGGCCAUGACGGCGCGGAUCCACAACAGAAGAGGGAGGGAAAAGAGGAGGAGGAGGAGGAGGAUGACCCCUUCGCGGAUGUAGUGCCGGAAUAUGGCUUCGACACGCUGAACCACGUCUUCUUCGAUGCGGCGCUGCAUUUGUACGUUGAGAUUGACCCAAUCGAGCAGCUGUGCGUGCGCGUCAUUCCCUUUCUCGCUGCCGCUGCCUCGCUAGAAAUGCCAGAGGUGCUACUGGAGGUUGAGCGGCAGGCAACGGGCCUUCACGGUGGGCCUCUCGGCCACGCGCGGUUCGUGCUGGGGCAGGAAGUCUCGCGUUACGUGCGGGAGUGCUUCGGCGCGGCCACGGCUGCGUCUGUUGAGGCGACCCACGGGACGGCGGAGGAGCGUGUUCUGGCGCAGCUUAUGGGAUCCGCGCGAAUGCUCAUUGAUGGCCGCCGCAGCGCCACUGCCAGUGCCGGUUCCAUGGUCGUUCUGCAGUCCAGCAGCAGACCCGGGGAGGAGAGGGAGGCUGACUGCCACUCACUCGUGGUUGCGGUUGCGGCUGUACGCCAGUUUCCACGCAACAUGUGGUCCGGGCGCUGGAAGUCGCUCUUCGUGGUGGAAAACAUGAUGGACGGGGGAGUUUGCAUCAGGGGCGAGACGCAGGUCUACGCGCAUUAUUACGAAGAGGGGAANAUGCACCUGGAGGUGGUGCGGGAGCUUCAGCCCACGCCCUUGCCUGGGUGGACCGCAGACAUCUUCUUCGCGACGGACAAUAACCGUGGCGGUGACAAGGGCAACAGCACCACCGUGACCGCUCCUGACACGUGGGAGAUGUGCGCAGCUGUCAUGGCGGCGAUUCAGCAGCACGAGCAGCAGGUGCACGACGCGGUGCUGAGGGCGUCGCGGGACGCGGGCGAUCAGGUGCUGCAGGAACUCCGGCGUCGGCUGCCGGUGACCAGGCAGCUGUUCGACUUCCGCCGCGGGCAUGCGCUGCCGCGGCCGCUGUACACCCGCCCGGGGUACGACGACUAG